AUGGCUUUCCGUGGGUCGUUCUCGAGAUCGCUAUUCGCCUCCGCAAGAUCAUCCUUCCGGUCGUCGGCUCCGCUCCCCCGCCAGCGCCCGGGACACACGACGGGACCUCGCCUUCCUGCCUCUGGAACUCGCCGGUGAGGUUUUCUGAAUGCCCGCUAGAAGCAUUCAGAUCUCUUUGGGCGAAAUCCAUUAGAGUUAUGCUCGUGCUUUUGCUCCACUGCAGGCCUCUGGCGGCAUUGGGCUGCUCUCAGUCCCUGUUGCCGCUGCACAGCGUGGUGGCCGCCACCCGUCUCACCUCCCACCUCUCGGUGAACGCUCGAGCGUGCUUUGAGCUCUCUCAGGGUACCUUCUGCCGCACUUGUCAAGAUCGCUAG